GCGGAGUUUUGUCUGGAAGCGCGAGAAUGUCAGCGACCUUCCCGGGACUGGUUCAUGAUGCGGAGAUACGUCACGACGGAUCAAACAGCUACCGGUUGAUGCAGCUCGGCUGCCUGGAGUCAGUGGCGAACUCGUCGGUGGCGUACUCAUCCUCUUCUCCGCUCACGUACCCGGCGACCGGGACCGAGUUCGCGUCUCCGUACUUCCCCGCCAACCACCAGUACACGCCCCUGCACCACCAGUCCUUCCACUACGACUUCCAGCACGGGCACCACGCGGCCGUGAACGCCGACGCGUAUUACUCGCAGCAGUACUACCAGCAGCUGCACCACCACGGCGAGCCGACCGACUUCAUCAACCUGCACGGCGCGCGCGCGCUCAAAUCCUCGUGCCUGGACGAGCAGCGGCGCGAGCUGGGCUGCCUGGACGCCUACCGACGCCACGACCUGUCGCUCGUCAGCCACGGCUCGCAGUACGGUGUGCACACCGAGCAAAGGCUGCUGCCGGGGUCCGGUCUGGGGCUUCCGCCGCCGGGGGCUGAUGACCUACAGGGAUCCGUGGACGCGCAAUGCGGGCUCAUGUUGAACGGACAAGGCGGGGUUAUACGGCGAGGAGGCACGUGUGUGGUGAACCCUACAGAUCUGUUCUGCUCGGUCCCUGGCCGUCUCUCUCUCCUCAGCUCUACCUCCAAAUACAAAGUGACCAUAGCUGAAGUCAAGCGGCGACUCUCUCCUCCAGAGUGCCUCAAUGCCUCACUGCUGGGGGGCAUCCUCAGGAGAGCGAAAUCUAAAAAUGGUGGACGGUGUCUCAGAGAGAAGUUGGACAGGUUGGGGUUGAACCUCCCAGCAGGCCGCAGGAAAGCCGCCAAUGUCACACUGCUCACGUCUUUAGUAGAAGGUGAAGCGCUACAUCUGGCAAGGGAUUUCGGCUACACCUGCGAGACAGAGUUUCCCACUAAAGCUGUGGGCGAACAUCUGGCACGGCAACACACAGAACCUAAAGAGCAGAAUGCCCGCAAGAAAAUGGUGCUGGCCACCAAGCAGAUUUGUAAAGAAUUUCAAGAUUUGUUAAGUCAAGAUCGCUCUCCGCUGGGUUCCUCAAGACCGACACCAAUCCUGGACUUAGAUAUUCAGAGACAUCUAACACAUUUUAGUUUGAUCACACACGGUUUUGGCACGCCGGCAAUCUGCGCCGCUCUCAGCACCUUCCAGACGAUCCUCAGUGAAAUGUUGAACUACCUUGAGAAACACUCAGCCAAUAAGAGCACAGGAACGCCUGAUGGCAGUCAAAUCAACUCCAACUCCGAAAAGAUAGCACUACGAAAAACCAACGAGACGCCAUCGAAAGACGGGAAAAUGGAAAAAACUGAAUGACUCCACUUCUUUUACUUUCUUUUUCUCCUCUGUUUUUAUUUUGGCAAAAGUAGGAAUUUGCUGCUGACUCACUUCCUAAUCUGAGCUCAGAUGAUCGGCGGGGUCUUAAUCAGGGCUUGGCUCAAACAGGGCGAGCUUUUUCUCUUUUAAUUUUGAAGUUUGGCAAAUAAUUUAUUACCUGAUUAUUUAAUGACGUGUCUUUAUAACUAUUUUCCUGUCGAAUACGUUCUUUGGUUUGGAGCUUGUCCCUGUACAGAUAGCUGAGCAGACACACAUUCCGAGGCGUCAUUUCGGGUUGUGUGAGAGCUGUAAAUGAAUCGGAGUGGCGCUUGUGGUUGCCGUCGGAAACUGUAUAUUUAUUGUGCAUGUUAAAGUUUGUACACUGUUUGAAACCCUCACUGACACUGCAGAUCUUCACCACAUCUCGGCUGCAUUUGUAAAGAGUUAUAUAUAUAUAAACGUAUAAAACGACGACUUUUCUUGCAGGUUUUG